UUUGGUCACACAAGUUUUUGACAUUGAUUAACUUUUAAAACCACUUUUGAAAAGAUUGUUUGCAAGAUUUUAUAAUUUUACUUUCGCAACUUUUAAUAAUUUACCUAAAACAUCAAAAUGCCUCCUAUCGAUAUGACCAAUCCUGAGAAAAUCAAAUUCUUCAUAGAAAAUUACGAGAAGACCGCCCGUCUUCGUAUGAGAUGGAAUAACCUUUAUAGCGACAAGUUGCAAAAGGCUGCUACUCUAACCCGAGAAGAAAGAGGAUAUAGGGUCGAGGAUGUUUUGAAAGAAACAAUGGCCGGAGGUUUACCAACUAUAACAAGAGAUAAUAUAUCUGGUGCGAGGAACAAGAGAAAGAUACCACUCCGCGACGCAGCUUAUAUACCAGGUAUAAAAGACAUGAGGAAGGGGCAUUCGAUUGUUGACGUUGGGCUGGCAGAUCCUGAAAAGGAUCCGACCGUCGUCCGACCCGAUACUGACCUCAAACCAGACCCCAAAAUGCGGCCUGUUAAUCCGAAGCAUAGCAGGCUUAUCUACAAAGGUCUUCCGAACUUUGGUCGAGAAGUUUACUUAAGGGAAAGGAAUAAGAUGGCUCCUGAAGAGAAGUAUUAUUUUCUUGAAACUACUGGCUGGGAAUACGGAUGGCGUCUCCACGACAGUUACUUCGGUAGACAUGCACCGGAAUAUGGACGAGUGUGGUUACUGACUCGCGGCUCCGCAUCCCGCAGCGGUCCGCAACCAGAUCCGGACCACUACCAAACCAUAAAACUACCGGGACCCGAUAAAUGUAAUAUGUAGGACGAAUUCUCCA